AUGGACCGUCUUGCUGAAUCGGUCAAGAAACACAAGAAUACCAGUAUUCUUGUGAACGUCUUUGGAAAACCCAAAGAGAAGAAGUCCAUCGAUACGGACCGCCAGCACUCUGCCGGAAUAGGUGGAGGCUGCAAGGGUGCACGGGAUGAAGGACUAGGCUUCAUCAGUUGA